AUGGACUACGCACCUCAUGGUGCGAUUAUGCGUGCUGCUGUCGAUCACUGCCACUCCCUAGAAGAUUUGCUUGUCAUGGAUUUUAUAGGCAAGAGCGUCUUUGACGAGGAUAGACGUGAAGACAUUUUGGAUGACUCGAGAAAUGAAGGCCUUCAACGUUUUGCAUUAUAUGACAGUGCUGGACUAAGUAACAACCGUUUGAUGCCUCUUGACGAUAUUUUGUACGUGAUAAGGAAACAUCAUACCACGUUGUCGGUGUUCCACCUGGAGAAUUAUUUUCUUAUGAGCCUCACGUACUAUCGAUUUCCACAGCUACGUGAGUUGUAUUUGCAUUAUAAUGCACCACAGUACAAGAGGCCGCCGAUAGUCCUCGACAGCCCAACCUUCAGCCAAUUCAUCAUUGAUCUUGCUCAGUGCUGUCCCAAGCUACAAGUACUGAAUGUCUAUGAACCACCAGGGCGCGCCAAAGAAAGCGUCUAUCCAUUUACGGAAGAUGACGUCUUAUACUUGAUCGAGCAUUGCCGAUUUCUUGAGCAAAUGAGAAUUGAUACAAUUGGUCUUCAGUUUACAUGGCAACGAUCUCACUAG